AUGUAUGAAUUACAUAGUGAUGAGUAGGAUCAAGAUGAUGAUAAUAUUAGAAAUAAUCAAUAUGAAGUAAAUUUAAUAGAAGAUGAUUGUGAAGAUAAAAGCUAAAUUUCAUCAAUUUUGUAGAAUAUUAUUAAGUAGCCAUAAAAAAAUUUGUUUGAACUAAAUAUUUCUGAAAAUUAAGUAGAUAAAUAAAGUUAAUAAGAUAAUUCACUUUCAUAAUUUAUAGAUUAGAUGUUAGCUUCUAUUUCUAACAAUUAAGAAAUUCUUAAUAAUAAUGUUUGUUUAGUAGAAGAUGAUGAUACGAUUGCAGAUACAAUUGAAGAAUUUGAAUUUAGAGAUUAUCAAAUGGAAUUAUAUGAAAAAGGAAUUGGUAAGAAUUCAAUUAUUUAUUUGGAAACGGGAUUAGGUAAGACUUUAGUUAUAAUUAUGUUGAUGUGGAAUAGAUUACUUAAAUAUCCUAAAAAAAAGAUUUUAUUUUUAGCAAAUACUAUUUAAUUAGUUGAAUAAUAAGCAUAAUAAAUUAGAUAAAAAUUACCUAGGGUUGCUGAAUUAUUAAGUGAUGAUGAAUUAGUCAUUGAAAAAGCUAAAGAAUUCAGAUCAAAGUUGAAUGUGAUGCAUGGAAGUAAAUGUACAGAUAUUUGGAAUUCAUUAAUGUGGCAAAUCAUGUUAGAGGAAAGUAGUAUUCUAGUUAUGACUACUUAAAUUUUUUUAAAUAUUUUAAGAAAAGGAUAUACAAAGAUCUCUAAUUUUAGUUUUAUUGCUAUGGAUGAAUGUCAUAAUGCCGUAUAAGAUCAUCCUUACAAUUAUAUUCUAAAUGAAUUUUAUUUUAAGACUAAGUUAUAAAAUAAAAAUUAAUUUUUACCUUAAAUUGUUGGAGCUACUGCUUCUCCUGUUAUGAAUAGUAGAUCAGUGGAAAAUAAUUAACUAUUAUAAUAAUUAUUAUAGUUAGCUGCAAACAUGGAUGCAUAAUAUUUACAUAUUGAUAGGGUAGGAAUAAUAAAACAUAUCAAAGAAGCAUAAAUUAUCCUAGUCUAUUAUAAAAUGCUUUUUAAUGAUUCUGAUAUACAAAAAGUUAUUGAUUUAAGAGCAUCUCUUACAAAUUGUGAAAAUAAUGAAAACAAAGCUCUUGAAACUAUGAAAAGAAACUCCUACCUAAUAGAAUUUUUUUAAUUGAGAUAAAUAUUGCAAAAUCUUAAAAAAAAAUAUUCAAAUGAUUUACAAACUAAAAUUUUAAUAAGCUAAAUUGAAAGACAACUCUUAAUCAAUGGAUUUUAAAUGUAUCUAGAACUAGGAUAAUAUUUAUUUGGUAAUUAAUUCUUAUAUUUGUAAAGUGUUACUACUAGAUUAUAUAAUAAUCAAAUUGGAUGAUUUUUUGACAAUCAAAAGACGAUCAAAUCAAAAUGCUUGCUUAGAAAUCUUAGGAAUAUUGCAGAAACUACUAAAAGAGGUUCAAGUUAAAUAUUAAAAUCUUUUAUAAUCUUCCACUUCAAAAGUUCAGGUUUUGUUUGAGAUUAUCAAAAAAGCCUAUUAAAAAGGCAAUGAAAAUAAUAUGAUUUUGAUUUUUGUUAAACAAAGACUUACCGCCUUUUUUUUAAAUAAACUUUUAUAAGAAUAUUUGGCUCAAGAAAGAUUAGGUAAUUUAUUUUUUAUAAAUUAAUAGACAUUAAAUCAAAUUUUAUAAUAGGACAUUGUACUUCGAUUGUUAGAAAAAACACUAAUUCUUAAGUAAUCAAUGUUAUUGAAUCAAACAAAGAAGAUUAAGAAGCAUUGAUUUAACAGUUAUAUAUAGAAUUAUAGCAUGAUUAAAGUAAAUUUUCUAUUGAAGAAUUAAAAGACCAAGUUAAUAGAUUAAAUAUAUUUGCUUAUAAAAUUAGUCCUUCAGUCUAGAUUGAUAUUUUAAAAUAAUUUAGAUUUGGUAAAAUAAAAAUUCUAAUUUCCACAUCUGUUGCAGAAGAAGGUAUAGAUAUUCCAAUGUGCAAUUAUGUAAUUGGAUUCAAUCCGAUAGCUAGUUCAAAGGCAUAUGUAUAAAUGAAAGGAAGAGCAAGAAAAGAAAAUUCUUAGUUUAUGAUAUUUAUGGUAGAUAAAGAUUAAAAAGCUAAAGUGUAAAGCCAUCAUUAGGUUUAAAAUAAUAUCAAAUAAAUUAUUGAAGAAUUAACAGCUCCUUAAAGAUAACAGAUGUUGUCUAAGGCUGUUCAAACUUUAUGUAUUUAUUAAUUGCUUAAUUUAGAAAGUAAAACUUUUGAGAACACAUUUUAUGAUUCAUUUGAAAUUGAUUACACUGGUGCUUUAAUAAAUACACAUUGGUCUUGUUAAUUAAUUUAAUAAUUAUGCUAAAAGUUUAAUUCCAAAUAAGCAGAAAGAGUUGUUCCAAAAUAUGUAAUUUAUUAAUUGUAAAGUAAUUCAAAAAUGAAUGAACAAUUUAUUUCAUUCUUACUUCUCCCCAUCUCUUUAAAAAGUUUUAUUUUUUAUGGAAAACUUGCUCCCACUUUAAAAGAUGCAAAAUAAUCUGCUGCAUUUGAAGCUUCUUUGUAAUUAUAUUCAAAAGGAUAUCUUGAUGAUAAUUUAUAAAUCAGUUUUGAUAAUGAUUUGGGUUAACAUAUUGGAGCUGAUUAAGAUGAUUCUUAAAUUAUGAUGGUAACUAUCCUAAAAAUUUUAAUAGACUAGGGAAUAAUGGCAAAUAGCUUGUAAAUAUUCUCAAAGGCUUUUUCAUAGUUAAUCUACUAUGGGUGGCAAGAUUAAUUCUUAAAAAAAAUAUUAUGAUAAUUUAUUUAAGACUAUUUUUCAAGGAAAAGAUGAAUUAUCUGAUGAAUUCAUAUUGUAUCAAUGUCUUUUCAAUAAUGAGAAUAUAAUAAUAGCUUUUCCAAAAUAAAUGCUACAAUUAAUCAAUACUAGUUAGAACACAUUUGUUGCUCUUGGAUUUUAAUUUUUAUAUCUAUCAUAGAUUUCAAAAAGUCAAUAUAUUAAUUUUUAUAAAUAAUAUAUAGAAAUGAUCAUAAGAGAAGAAAAAUUAAAAUUAAUUAGAGAUGAUAUAUAUUAGAUUUUUAAUAAAUGUAAUACUGUAGGUUAUAUAUUUUAGAAUUUCAAAUAUUGAUAAAAAAUGAAUCCGAAAAGAAUCUAUUAAUAAUAUUAAAGGUUUAAAGCAAUAGUAAUUUACUAUUAAAUUAAAUUAUAAGCUAGUUUACUUUGAGAUUCAAGGUUUAUUUUUUAAAAGAGAAAAUAAAUGAUUAGUUGGUUUAGGGAUUCUUUUAACAUCCUUUAAAAAUAAAUCAACAAAUAAAUGAAGUUUUAAAUUCUAUCAAUAAAUAUUAAAAGAAUCUCACAUCUCUCAAGUUUAAUUUUCAAGAUAAUUUAGAAGAAUAAAAUUUGAAUUUCAUACAUUAUAGCGUAUCUGAUAAUAAUGAGCCCAUAAAUAUAAAAGAGAAAUUGGAUGAAAUAUUAUUUCAGUCUUUAGAUUUACAAUCUCACAAUCAUAAUAAUUUAUUGUUAGGCCUUCAAUAUUACAAAUUUCUAAUAUCAGUUCUAUUAUAUGCAAAUUAUUUUCAUAAUGAUAUUAGGAUUACCAAAACUAAAUUAAAGAAAUUUACAAGAAGCACAUAUGUAAGAAACUGUUUAUUUGAAAAUCAUCUAUUUUUAUAUUUACAUAAAAAUGACUUAGAUGAUAUUACAAAAACAUAUAUUGGACUUGAGAGGUAUCAAGAUAACUUUGAUUUAAUUAUUGAAUAAUCAAUUUUGGAUAAUCUUUCAGUUACUAAAAAAAGAUAAUUUAAAAAUAUAAUUUAAAAUAGAAUUCAUUUUUCAAAUUAAGAAUUUUUCUAAUUUAUACAAUAAUCAUUAUUUGUGCUUUAAGAAGGGGAUGAUUAUCUUGAAAAUGGUCUAAAUUGGCUUAGAAUAUUUAGAAUCAUUAAUCCAAUGAAAAUUCAUUUAAAUUCAUCCAAAAGCUUAUAUGAAUUUCUACCUUAAGUUGUUCCUUUAAAUGAUCAAAUUAGAUAGGUCAAAAAAGUAUUUGCUCUAUUUGAAUAUUAAAUAAAAUAUUAAUUUAAGCACUUUGAACUUUUAUUUUAAGCUAUGACUGAUAUUUCAUUUAAAUUUGUUAUUAAUAAUAAAGUAAAAUACAAGUAUUAUGAAUAAUUUUAAUAAUAAGAAGAAUUUUAGGGAUUAAUAACAGAAUAAUAAUGGAAUGAAUUUAAAUUGUAAUUUGAAAGUAUGAAUUAAACAGACUCAAAUAAUUACGAAAACUCAUUAUUAGCUAUGUUAGGUAAAUCUUUAUGGAAUUAUUUAAUAAUAAAACUAUUAAAUGAAAACAAAUUAAGUAAAUAUAUAUGUUAAAAUACUAGAUUGUUUGGUUUUAAGAAUUUUAGGUAAAAUUUUAUAGAAAACUCCCUUUAUUGGAUAUUUAGCAAUUCACCUAAAAGUGCAAGAUUAUUUUAAUAGUAGUUAUCAAUCUGCACUUUUUGAUUUAGCAGAUGAAAUUGAAAAAUGCAAAGAUUAAUCAAUAGCAUUCAUAAUGAGUAAAAUAAGAAUAACUUAAGCCACUCAAAGUUUGGAAAAUGCUUUCCUUGCUCUUGUAGGUGCUAUUUAUAUUGAUUCAGAUUUUAAUUUAAAUAUUGUAACAUUAUGGAUAAAAAUAAUACUAGAGGAAGUAAAAGUUUAAUAAUUAUAUUCGCAAGAUUUUAUUAAUAGAUAACCUAAAUAUCGAUUUUAUUAAUGGUAUAAUUUCAUUUAAAAAAUAGGUAUUAAGAUAAGAUAGGUAAUCCAUUCAAUUUUAAUCUAAUUAAAAUUCCACAUUAAGAUUACAAAAAAAUUUCGUAUGGAGAGAGUUUGUUCAUUCCUUAUGAUAUGUUAGAAGCAUAGAUAGUAAAUGUAAAAAGAGAUAAAUAUUAUGAAAUAUCGUAACUGCACAUUUAUGCUAAGAGGAAAAGUUAAGCAUGGGAAAAAUUGUAUGAAAUUAUUGAUUAUUGAAUUAAAAUUAAAUGAAG